AAAGGGCCGCAGAGCCCUGGCKCUCUCUGUGGGUGUGUGUGGGCACCGGGCCGCGGGCUCUGAUGAAAARCCUCCAUUGUCCUCGUGGCCUCACAGGACGGAGCUGUAUGAGGACCCUCCAUCGGGAUGUUGGCCCAUCGUGUAUUCCCCAGACUACAAYAUCACCUUCAUGGGACUUGAGAAACUGCAUCCCUUUGAUGCGGGSAAGUGGGGGAAAGUCAUCAAUUUCUUGAAAGAAGAAAAACUAAUUGCAGAUGACUUGAUUGUGCAGGCACGGGAGGCRACUGAUGAAGAUCUCUUGGUUGUUCACACAAGACGCUACCUUAAUAAAUUAAAGUGGUCAUUUGUUGUGGCUACAAUCACAGAAAUUCCACCGGUUGCCUUUCUWCCCAAUUUUGUUGUUCAGAGAAAAGUUCUGAAACCUCUACGAACCCAGACAGGAGGAACAAUAAUGGCAGGAAAACUUGCUGUGGAUAGGGGCUGGGCCAUCAAUGUGGGGGGUGGUUUUCAUCACUGCUCCAGUGACAAAGGUGGAGGAUUUUGUGCAUAUGCUGACAUUACACUGGCUAUUAAGUUCUUAUUUGAGAGAGUACAAGGAGUGUCCAGAGCCACAAUUAUUGAUCUGGAUGCCCAUCAGGGAAAUGGCCAUGAGAGGGACUUUAUGGAUGAUCCUCGGGUUUAUAUUAUGGAUGCGUACAAUAGAUAUAUUUAUCCAGGGGAUGGUUUUGCUAAACGUGCCAUAAAACGCAAAGUGGAAUUGGAGUGGGGCACAGAGGACACAGAGUACCUGCAGAAGGUCCACACUCAUGUGGAAGGAGCCUUGAACGAAUUCAAACCUGACGUCAUUGUUUACAACGCUGGCACAGACAUUCUGGAUGGGGAUCCCUUGGGAGGACUGGCCAUUUCYCCCCAGGGCAUUGUGAAGAGAGAUGAGCUGGUGUUCAAGGCUGCGCGGAGCCGCAGGAUCCCCAUCCUGAUGGUGACGUCGGGCGGGUACCAGAAGAGAACAGCGCGGAUCAUCGCCGACUCCAUCCUCAACCUGCACAGCCUGGGGCUGCUGGACAAGGAGAGGGCAGCCUGUGCACUUGGCAGCUCCAGCGUGGAUCAGAUGAUCAGAGACUCUGCUAAAGACUUCAGCAACUUGUCCCUGCAGUGACGAGCCAUUAAAUGUUAGUGAGGUAACCCAGAGACAAUACACUCACACAGCAACUGUGUCUGACUCCUGAAUUUAUCUYCAGCUAAGGCAACACAUCCUUUUAAGCUAAUUGAGAUAUGCACUCAAGGGUACUGUCUUUGUGUCUAAUAUUGCUGUAGAAAGCUUCAUUUGCUUCUCUGAUAGAUAUGGGGGGGUCUGUUAUGCUGAAAGAAUUAUGCAGUUGGUAUCCAAAGACUGUCCAGCCCUGUUUCAGAUGGUGCAACAUGGUCUGAGGUGGGAGAAAUAGGGACUAAAGCUACUGUUUCAUGGGGUUUUUWAAAUACUGAUUUUAUUUAUUGCUUUUUAAAUUGAAAUAAUGKUAUAAAACGAGUUCUGUGCAGACAUCAACUGUUAGUUUAACACUAAAGGGAAGUGCAAUACUGUAAAAGCCAGGGCAGUUUGUUURUGGCUUUGAAGCCAUGGACAGUUAGUAGGAAAGUUUGUCAAGUCAUAGUUUAUUCCUGUUGUCGAUAGUGACUUAAAUCUUGCUCAUAAACACCUUGUGAAAUAGAAUAUGAUCCAYUGGUAAUGGUGAGCCCUUAUGGCACCAUCCUUGCAAAUGGAGCCAUAAGGGCUCACCAUGACCAGUCUGGUGUUUGAAACAAGCUCUGCAUGUGACAGGCARUAGUUCCUGUGCAUUGUAACUCACAGAUAAAGAAACUGCAGUCAAAUGAAAGCURUCUUAGGCUUCUGAACAGCCUUGCAGAAAAACUAUGUAGAAGUAUAGGCUAUCUUAUUAUUGCCAGCUUGUCAUGUAUAAAACAGUGAGGAGUACAUUUAGAUCAUUUUUCCCUAACUAGUGCUGCGUUUUUCAUUUGCUCAGAGRGUAAUAAUGGUACUUCUAGUGCAGUCAUAGUUGGUAACCAAAUCCAUCAUUAUUGUUCAUCUAGGAAUACWGUGACAUUUCUACAUUAAGGUCAUKUGCUAACUUUAUAUGGAACUUCUGGGAGGAUUUGGGAACAAAACUGUAUUCAAAGCAAAUUGAGUUGCACUACUUGUAAAGUUUGGCUUUGUUCAAGUUGAUAUAUUUUGCUUUAGGUACUGUUUGUAGCAGUGGGCUGUAAAUGUACUAAACUGUAUAUUUUGCAAGAGCUUUUAUAACUCUCAAGUAUUUACUGAUUUGUACUACAGGUUUUAUGUUGUGUUUAAGUUACUCCUUCACAGGAAGCCUCCACUAGGAUUUACCUUGUAGUAGAGUUGUUGUGUAAGCUACUUAAGGAAUGUUUAAUUAUAAUACUUACCUCAUUUAGUGUUCAUGUYUAGAUCAUGGUGUUUGUCAAUUGUAGGAGUUAUACAAUUGCUAUAAAUACCUGCUUUAAACCAGAUCUGACCUAUUGCACUAAGCUUGAGUUACUACACUGGGAUUAAAGAGYACUUUUAAAUUUCUUACUAGAAGGACCAUCAGAGUAUGACUAAUGUUGAGAUUUAUUUUUUCUAUACUGUCUGACGUUAAUGAAAGAUGUUGUUAUUCUUUCAUAURAUUUUUAUAAAAUUCUAGAUGACAUUUCUAUGAACUAAACCCCCAUCACAGCACCAUAUGGUCUUUCCCCAAACAUUUGCUGUUUGUGUUAACAUGUUUCUAUAAUUUUCCCUCAGUGGAGAUUAAAAUUAUGUUGAACAAUGCUGACUGACUAUUCUUAUCACUUUGCAUGGCUCUUGGCUGUCAAAAAGUUUGACUGAAACAGCUUCUUCAAAAGACAAGAAGAUGUACUUUUCAUACUUAAAAUGUGGCUGAAGCUGCAGUGAGUCUCAAGGGCAAACUUGGCUGAAAAUUUCAUCAUGGGAGCCUUCCUGUGACCUACCACCAUCARAAUGCAUAGCUUUGACCAAAACUUAUGUAGAAUGCAAGCAUCUGGGUGAGGCUGCUAGGAGAAUG